AUGGAGAACGGCCCAUCUUCCGAGGGAAAGGACCCUUCGGUCUUCCUGAGUGAGAUUACCGGCGCGCCUGUGAUUGUGAAACUGAAUUCCGGUGUCGUUUACAAGGGCGAACUACAGUCAGUCGAUGGCUACAUGAAUAUCGCCCUCGAAAAGACCGAGGAGUAUGUUAAUGGAAAACUACGACGGAAUUAUGGGGAUGCCUUUGUGCGUGGAAACAACGGUGUGUCUCUGGAUGUUCCCAAGUCGGAUCAUAUGGGGUUCUGA